CUCCAUUUUAUAUGGAUAGAGAUAACAAAAGCUUCUUUCGUUUCCAUUAACACGCACAGAGAGACAGAGCUCAACCAUGGCGACGUGUACCACACCCUCAUCCCUGAUGCUAACGUACGCCGCCUCAUCAGUACACCCCCAAGACAUCACCCCUUCACUCAUCGCCUUCAAGCCCAAACCACUAUCCACCACUUUUUCUCUCUGCCCUCUAGUCUUGAAUCACAGGGAGAGAAGGCUAGGUAAGUGGGUCAAUGUGAAUUUUCGGAGGGAAGCCAGACAUGGUGCUUCCCAACGUACCCAAGUCGUUGUUGCUGCUUUGGCUGCUGAGGCUGAGGUGGCUGAGGAUGUGGAAGAGCAGGAAGGAGUGGAAGCGGUUGCUGGGCCUGGGACUGGGACUGGGACUUUGCCAAAACCAAAGAAAGGAAAGGCUGCGUUGCCUUUGAAGAGAGAUAGAACAAGGUCUAAGAGAUUCUUGGAAAUUCAAAAGUUAAGGGAAAACAAAAAAGAAUAUGACCUGAAGACUGCAAUAUCUUUGCUAAAGCAAAUGGCUAGUACAAAGUUCGUGGAAACUGUUGAAGCGCAUUUCCGUCUAAACAUUGAUCCAAAAUACAAUGACCAACAGCUGAGGGCAACCGUAAGUCUGCCCAAGGGAACUGGACAGACUGUUAGAGUGGCUGUUCUUACUCAAGGUGAGAGGUUCGAUGAAGCAAAAAAUGCAGGAGCUGAUUUGGUUGGUGGAGAGGACUUGAUACAACAAAUAAAAGAAGGAUUUAUGGAAUUCGACAAAUUAAUUGCUUCACCAGAUAUGAUGCCCAAGGUUGCAAGCCUAGGAAAGAUUCUGGGACCCCGAGGGCUGAUGCCAAAUCCAAAAGCCGGUACCGUCACACCCAAUAUACCUCAGGCUAUAGCAGAAUUCAAGCAGGGGAAAGUUGAAUACAGAGCGGAUAAAACUGGGAUUGUUCACUUGCCUUUUGGAAAAGCUGACUUUCCUGAAGAAGACCUUAUUGUUAACUUGCUCGCUGCAGUAAAAUCUGUAGAAGCCAACAAGCCAACAGGUGCUAAAGGUGUUUACUGGAAAAGCGCACACAUUUGCUCAUCGAUGGGGCCUUCUAUUCGGUUAAAUAUAAGGGAGACGCUCGAUUACAAGCCUACGUCAAAGGUUUGAAGAACACCAUACUUUUGUAAAUGUUGUCUUCAAUUUAGUAAAGAUGGUAGGGGAGUAACUAAUAUGAAGAUAGGAAGACUGAUGGUUGUCUGGGUUGGAACUGUCACAAAAAUGUGCAAACUCCAUCAUCUUCUACACUGACCUGAAAGCCCUUGUAUUAUUAUUCUGAUCAAUAUUAUCAAUUUUAUUACCUUUUUUUUUUUU